CAAGACUAUCUUUUCCAAAAUAGACCUCCUCAAAGUGUUUAAUCAGAUUCCCAUUGCUGAGGAGGACAUUCCGAAAACGGCCAUCAUCACUCCUUUUGGUCUGUUCGAGUUCACGGUAACCAUGUUUGGUCUUAAGAAUGCUUCGCAGACCUUCCAACGCAAGAUAAACGAUGUCCUAAGGGGUCUCAGCGCCUUUCCUUACAUCGACGACAUUCUCAUAGCCUCGGACAGCAUUUCUCAACACCUCCAGGAUCUGCAGCUGGUUUUUCAGCGCCUUAAGGACCAUGGUCUCCUCAUCAACCUGGAGAAGUGCAUCUUUGCCGUCAGCUCCAUAACCUUCCUAGGUUACGAGAUCUCGGCGCAGGGCUCCCGACCUCUUCAAGAUAGAGUACAGGCUGUAUUCGACUACGAGCAGCCCCAGACUCUCUUCAUCUUGCGACGCUUCAUUGGCAUGGUCAGUGCCUACUGUCGUUGCAUCAAGGACGACGCCACGCUUCUAGCUCCACUGCAUCAUCUUCUUCUGGGCGCCAAGAAAAAAGACAUGCGUCCUGUUCCUUGGAGCGAUGCAGCGCUUUCGGCCUUUCAUCAAUGCAAAGAGGCUCUUGCGAAUGCGGCUCUCUUGGCUCAUCCUUGCUCUGGCGCACAGCUCAGAAUCUUCUCCGAUGCCUCCAACACUAGGGCUGAAGCGGUUCUCGAACAGCUGGUGCAGGACCAGGGACAGCCUCUUGGAUUCUUUUCGAAGUCCUUCUCGCCCACGCAGCAAGGUUAUUCGGCUUAUGAUCGAGAGUUGACCGCUCUAUUUCUGUCCAUUAAACAUUUCAGAGGCAUGAUCGAGGGCUACCCUCUUACUCUGCGCACCGAUCAGAAACUUCUCCUCUCUGCAUUUAAGCAGAAAAUGGACAACGCCUCACCACGGCAGCUUCGCCAGCUCAACUUCAUCGCGCAAUUUUCAACAGACAUUCAGCACAUUGCCGGUGCAUCCAACGUCGUGGCGGACUCUCUCUCGGAUCGACGAGCCUGCGCCGAACUCCGACGCUGUCAAUCCAAGCUCCAGCGGUCCUGCACACGCGUCUGCCUACAGAAUGGCUCUCCUCCUCAAGUCGACGCCCUUCGACUCUCUACAAUGCUCGAUUUUGCAGAACUCUCGCAAGCACAAGCUAGAGAUCAGGAGCUGCAGCACGUUCUUACAAGCGCUAUCACUUCUCUGAAACUCCGCAAGCUCACGCUGGGACCGGAGAACUUAGAGAUCUACUGUGACGUCUCACAAAACGACAUCAGGCCUUACGUGCCGGAAACAUUCCGGAGGCAAGUUUUCGACCUCACUCAUUCGCUUUCUCAUCCUUCAGGUCGCGCCACCACCAAGAUCAUCUCACAACGCUACGUGUGGCCUUCUAUGUCGAAAGACAUAACCAGAUGGGCCAGCGCCUGCGAGCAUUAUCAACGCUCUAAGAUUGGUCGGCACGUGCACUUGCAGCUCAAGACGUUUCUGAAUCCGGAUCAGCGCUUCGAUCAUAUUCAUAUAAAUUUGGUGGGCCCGCUGCCACCUUUCCAGGGCUACACCUACCUACUGACAUUGGUAGAUCGCUUCACUCGCUGGCCGGAGGCCAUUCCUCUCAAAAACAUCACGGCCGCGAACGUGGCCACGCACUUCUACAGCAGCUGGAUCGCACGCUUUGGCUAUCCAAAGUUCAUCACUACAGACAGAGGCUUGCAAUUUGAAUCUGCUCUCUUCAACGCUCUCGCUCAACUGCUGGGAGGUAAGCGCAUCAGGACGAUGCCCUACCACCCUGCUCCAAACGGCAUCCUUGAGCGCUGGCAUCGUGUCCUGAAAACAGCUCUGCGCUGUCACGACUCUCAGGACUGGCUAGAAAAACUUCCGACGGUACUUUUGGGUCUGCGAUCUGUUUACAAAGAAGAUCUCAAGGCUUCCCCUGCGGAAUACCUCUACGGCUCCAUUCUACGUUUACCAGGAGAGUUCUUCAUAGAUGAGCAGCAUCCGGAGGACCACGCCUUCUUCUUAGCUCCUUUCAAAUCUCACAUGCAGCAACUCAGACCUGUGUCGACUUCCCACCAUUGCAAACAGAACAUCUUUGUCUACAAGUCUUUCUACAUCUUGUCGCAUGUCUAUUUGAGAAAUCAUGCAAAGAAGCACACUCUCAACCAGGCAUACUCUGGCCCUCACAAGGUUAUUCAGAGGAUCGACGACAGAGUUUUUCAAAUCGACAUUAACGGUCGUUCAGCCAACGUCAGCGUGGAGAAUCUAAAACCAGCUUUCUUGUUUUGCGAGGAGCUCUUGGCGACGCCUCCAGCCGCUACGCUCGACUCCGGUGGCUCUUCCUCUCCGGUGACACUGCAAGCUCCUUCGCACCGCCCUUCGCAACAAGGCUCUGCUUCCACCACUGAGACAGAGCGACCUACUCUCUCACCUGCGGCGCCGCAGCCUUCUCCUACACGGCAGCAGACCCUACUCUCGCAUCAUAACGCGGUCUCUCCGCAGGCAACCCAGCAGCAGCAGCACACUACCUCGGUUGCUCCUCCGGCAGAUAGAAAAACUAAGUUUGUACCGUCUAUUCUCAAGAAAAAAACCAGCACAAAUAUCAGUGCGGUGCAAGGUCCGAUUAAACAUGUUCGCUUCAAUCUUAAGAGAAGACUUCUGUGAUCGUGACGCGUCUUCCUUUUUCGAACUCGAGCAUAAUUAUUUAUUUUCUUCCACUCCGUUACUAAUAUACUAUUUUGUAAAUAUUUAUCGGGGUAAUCCUAAUUAAACAAGCGACUCUUUCGCAAAGUUUCGCGUUAAUUUAACGGCGAUAGUCUUCACUUCCGGUACGAUUUCUAGUCGAAAUAGAAUAAUCUCAGGUGCUUUGUACCGAAUUAUUAACUAUAAGUACCCUUCUUAGUGUAAGACAAUUUCUUCUGUAUCUUUGCGUAUCAUUUUUUUCGUGUUAAAAAUUAACAUAAGAUAAUUUUUUAACACUGGCAGGGGAGUGUAUGUGACGGCUAUGCUCUAUCUCGCUUGCAUGCGAGCUCGCCCCCCACCACACGCCGGCGAGCUAGUCUUUUGUCACUGCACGGCUAGUCUUUUGUCGCUGUACGGCAGUAAAACAGUGGAGACUAGCCCGCCGUUAGAGCUGCAUCGUUCUAGUGUUUCUCUACGAAAUAAAGGAGUCUUUCUUAAUCUC